AACACCACUGCUUUAUUAGGCGAAAAUAAGCUUCAUUGUAAUGGAAGGAAAACUUGAUAACCCGCCACCGUACUCCCAAUCGCAGCCUCAGCAAGCGAACGUUCAGACCAAUCAGUACCAUCCUCCGCAGCCUCCGCCAGUCGUUGUGUUUCCUGGUGAAGUCAUUCAUCAAAUAAAUAUAGUUUCUCCUGUAGUGGUCAGUCAAUACGCCGUUGGACCAAAACCUUCCCGGAUAACUUGUCGUUCUUGCGGAGCUGACGCUGUAACCAGAGUUGAAUAUAAGGCCUCAACAAAAACUCACUUGAUCGCAUUAUUUCUUUGUCUCUUCGGGUGCUGGUGCUGCGUUUGCAUCCCGUAUUGCACAGAUUCCUGUCGGAAUGCAGACCACUACUGUCCCAAUUGUAACGCAUUCAUUGGAGCACACUCCUCCUAGCAGUGUAUCUUUUCGAGAAGCACUAAGUUCCUUACGACCAUUACGACCGACGUCUGUUCAGUGUUAAAUAUAGGUCGAUGCUUGAAAGGCAAAAUAUUCGUAUUGAGUUAUAUAUACCGUUGGAAUCAGAAACGUUAACAGAUUCCAAAAUGUCGCUUACCCCAUUUUGUCUUUCAAGCGUCGAAGUCAUUUGUGAACGCUGAAGUGUCAAAGUACGUUUUUUUAUUUAUGUGUUAACUGUUCAAAAUUUGGCAAUAGGACAUAUCAAUUUGAAAAUUAUCAGAUAUCGCUACGUGGAAAAGAUUAUCACGUUUUUUUGCAGAAAACACAUUGCUAUUACAAUUUUAAAAUAUAGUUAGGUUUUUUUGCACAGCAUAUAUUUGUGUUGCAAUAUUUAUCUACAUAAUUUUGUGAGAAUAUUCCUCUUGUUUGUUGUCAUAAUUGAUACAAAGAUCGUACAAUAUCAAAGACACAUGGAACCAGCGACGUUUUCGCCUAACGCGGGCUAUCCCUCUCCCGACUGAACUAACGGAACAAGCCAGCAGACCUUACCAAUGUCUUUGAGUGUUUGUUUUUGGUUAUAACGGUUUCUUUGCCUCAUGCUUAUAAUAUUUAUGUUGUUUGAAUUAUUGAGUACGAAAACUGGCAUUAUUUUGUGAUCGCGAAAGUAAUUAUGCGAGGAUCGUGACAAGUGGAGAUAGCUGGUCUUUGCCUGUUGCAAUGAGAGGUAACUGUGAUGAUAUCAACCGUCUCCUCGCCAAAUGUCGUAUCAUUUGCCUCGCCACGGAGCAAGGCGGUCUUACCCAGUUUUCAAAAGCAAUAAUUAAUAAUAAUAACAUGCCUUUAUUCAAAAACACAGCUUAGGCUCAAUUUAUACUGCAGCGAAACGGAAUGGAAGCAAAAUUUUGUAACGAUAUUGUUAACGAUAUUGUUGGAAGAUUUUGGCUAAUAUCUAGUGUUGUGUUACAAUCAUGACCAGGUCGUAUUUUGCAUACUACAUUGUAUAUUGUAUUAUACUCGAACCAAUAUGGUUAUUGAAAUGUAUCACUUUUACAAACUGUUACAUGUUACAUGAAUUUGUUAA